CGCUCCCCCGCGGUGCCGGGCUUCCCCCGAGCGGCCGUUCCGGGGCGGCGGCGGCGGCGGCUUCCGGCGGGGCCAUGGCGCCCUCGGGCGCGGGGCUGCUGGUGCUGACGGCCCCGCUGGCGGCGCUGCCCGGGCGGGCGGCGGCGGCGGUGGCGGCGGCGGCGGGGGUGGUGGCGGGGCCGCUGUACGUGCACCUGCAGCCGGGGCUGCGCCUGGCCGGGCCCGCCGCGCCCCCCGCCGCGCCCCCCGCCUGCCCCGCGCUGCUGCGGGCCCUGGCCGCGCUCUACGCGGCGGCGGCGGCGCAGCGGGGCCUGGACCUGCGCGUCCUGCUGAGCCCCGGCGGCCGCCUGGCCCGGCCGCCCCGCGUCCUGCUGGCCCCCGCCGCCGAGGCACCGGGCCCGCCCGAGCCGGUGCAGCGUGGGCUGCAGCGCCUGGCCGCCACCGCCUACGGCUGCCCGCCGCGCCUGCCCGCCCUGCUGUUGGCGGACCCCCCGGGGGACCCCCCGGAGCACCCCCAGGAGCACGACGCGGCGCUCCCCGACUUCUCCGACGUGGCGGUCGGCGGCACCUUCGACCGCCUUCAUGGCGCCCACCGCCUCCUGCUCAGCGUGUGCUGCCUCCUGGCCCGGCAGCGGCUCCUGGCCGGGGUGGCUGACGGUGACCUGCUGCGCCACAAGGUCCUGCCGGAGCUGAUCGAGCCGUACGAGCUGCGAGCAGCGAAGCUGCGCGAGUUCCUGCAGGACGUGAAGCCCUCGCUGCGUUACGACAUCGUGCCUCUAGCCGACCCCUACGGCCCCUCGGUCACGGACCCUGACCUGCAGUGCUUGGUGGUCAGCGAGGAGACCCGCAGGGGAGGGGAGGCCGUGAACAAGAAGAGACUUGAAAACGGGCUCCCCGAGCUGGCUCUCUACGAGAUCGUGUUGAUGAAGGACCCCGACCACAGUCAGAACGAGGAGGAGAAGAUCAGCUCCUCCAGCCUCCGGCAGAGGCUGCUGGGGACGCUGCUGCGGCCCCCACGGCAAGACCCUGCCUUGCCUUCACGCCCAUACGUGAUCGGCCUGACUGGAGGAACCGGGAGUGGGAAAACCUCUAUCGCCAAGCUCCUGGGACAACUGGGAGCAUUCCUCAUCGACGCUGACAAGCUGGGUCACGCUGUCUAUGUCCCUGGUGGCCCUGCCUACAAGCAGGUGGUGGCAACCUUCGGGGCAGAAAUCUUGACUGAAGAUGGGACGAUAAACAGGAAAGUCCUUGGGGCCAAAGUGUUUGGAAACCAUGAGCGGCUGAAGAGUCUCACGGACAUUGUGUGGCCUGAGAUGGCCCAGAUGGUCAAGGAGCAGAUUGGGGAAGCAGAUGCUCGAGGAAAGGCUGUGUGCGUGCUGGACGCUGCCGUGCUGCUGGAGGCUGGCUGGCAAGACAUGGUCCAUGAGGUGUGGACAGCCAUCAUCCCAGAGGAGGAGGCUGUGAAGCGCAUCAUGGUCAGGGAUGGGCUGAGCGAGGAGGCUGCUUACAGCCGGCUGCGGAGCCAGAUGAGCAACAGCCAAAGAGUGGAGCAGUCGCAGGUGGUGCUGUGCACGCUCUGGGAGCCAGACGUCACCCGCAAGCAGGUAGAGAAGGCCUGGGAGCUCCUGCAGCAGCGCCUGAACCAGUAGCAGUGCAGCCUCUGAGGGGGUUGUGCUCCUCUUGACCAUCGAGCACCAACCCUCUGGAUCCCACACCGGUGGGAUGGGAGGCGAGGGUCCACGUGCUGGCAUUGCGUGCUGGCAGUGAGCUGGCCGUGCCGGGGAGGAAUGAAACGUCGGGGCUAAACCCACCCACCAUGACCAGCCCCGCAGAGGGGCUGGGGGCAUCUCCCUGGUGACAGGGGACACACAGCAGAAGCUCCUGGGGCCAAAGGGCUGAACCUGCUGGUGCCUGGACCUGCCUGUGUGACAGUAAAGAGGCUUCUCUGUG